AAAAAAUGUAAAGAUCUUGGUUAGCCUAACCCUAAAGAAGUUAAGAUAUCAAUUUCGAUAUAAAAUCAAUUCGAAAUUAAGUAAAAGAUAGAUGUGUACCAGUCCUAUAAUAUUAGAGUGAUUCUGCGUAAAAAUCAUUCAAUUCCUAUAGGUAAUAGGAUAAUAUAUUUUAGAAAAGAAAGUAUGCCCACUGUACCAUCAUUUGAAAACUUACAAGCUAAAAUUAGAGAUUUCUCAUAUACAAGAUUAAACUCUUCUUAAUAACAGAAUUAAAUUCUUGAUAAAUCAAUUACUUAUUCCCCACAAAAGGCUUAGGGUUUAUAAAAGAAGUAAUUAUUAAUUUAAAUUUAAAAAGAAUUAAUAGUUCUUUAGGGAGUAGAAACAAUAUUAAUUUACAAAGUUCUCGACAAUAAUCUCCAGCAUAUCAAAGCAGACCUAUUGAAUUAAGUUAUAGGUCAUAAUAAAGAAGAAAUUUAAGUGAUAACUUAUAAUUGAAUGAAAUUGUGUCUUUAAGAAAUAAGAUUGAAUCCUCUUAAACUAAUAGACAUUUAUUGGGAGCAAAGUAAUUUUUUUUAAUUUAUAAAUAUUAGUUAUGUGAGCGAAUUAGUAAAGUUAGCUUAAGCCAUAACUAGUGCACUGAAAUGA